GGAGCAGCUCUCGCGAGGUUAUGCAGAUGCGCGGCGCCAUGGCUCCCACAUCGCUGGGGUAGCGGGCGGGCGGCGGACGAAGUGAAGGCAAGAAGAUGGCGGACGCCAAGCAGAAGCGCAAUGAGCAGCUGAAGCGCUGGCUGGGCUCCGAGACGGAGCUCGAGCCUCCCGUGCUGAAGAAGAAGAAGACCAAGGUUAAGUUCGACGACGGAGCCGUCUUCCUAGCCGCCUGCUCGAGCGGCGACACGGAGGAGGUGAAGAAGCUGCUGGACCACGGCUCCGACAUCAACUACGCCAAUGUGGACGGGCUGACGGCGCUGCACCAGGCAUGUAUAGAUGAUAAUUUGGAUAUGGUGAAAUUCCUAGUGGAACAUUCUGCAAAUAUUAACCAGCCAGAUAACGAAGGUUGGAUCCCACUACAUGCAGCUGCUUCUUGUGGAUAUGCAGAUAUAGCAAUGUAUUUAAUUACUCACGGAGCAAAUGUAGCUGCAGUGAACAGUGAAGGAGAGACUCCAUUAGAUAUCGCAGAAGAAGAAACCAUGGAAGAACUCUUACAGGAAGAGAUUCGGAGGCAAGGUGUGGAUAUAGAGGCAGCUCGGAAAGAAGAAGAACGAAUAAUGCUUCGUGAUGCCAGGCAGUGGUUGAAUAGCGGGCAAAUAAAUGACACCAGGCACCCGAAAUCUGGGGGAACGGCCCUUCAUGUUGCUGCAGCUAAAGGCUACUCUGAAGUCUUAAAGCUUCUCAUUCAGGCAGGGUAUGAUGUAAAUAUCAAAGAUUAUGAUGGCUGGACCCCCCUUCAUGCUGCAGCGCACUGGGGCAAAGAAGAAACCUGCCGAAUCCUUGUAGAAAGCUUCUGUGAUAUGGAGAUGAUCAACAAAGUGGGCCAGACAGCAUUUGAUGUAGCAGAUGAGGACAUUCUUGGGUACUUGGAAGAGUUGCAAAAGAAACAGAAUUUGCUUAUUAGUGAAAAGCAAGCGAACAAAUCCCCGCUGAUUGAGACAACCACGACGAUGGAAAACAACCAACAAUUAAAACCCAUCAAAAGUAAAGAAACACUGCUGAAUGAACAGAAGAUUACAGGUCCCACAGAAUCCCUGGAACAGGAGAAGGCAGGUGAAGAAGAGGAGGGUAAGAAAGAUGACUCUAGUUGUUCCAGUGAGGAGGAGGAGGAGGAGGACUCUGAGUCAGAAGCUGAGACAGAAAAAGGCAAACCUACAGCAACUGUAAAUAUUGUAAACCGUGUGAAUAAUGGUAGUGUACAGUCUUCAACAGUGGCCCCAUCUACUGUACCCACGAGUCAGAUUGCACCAACGUCGCCAGUGAAAAAGUUUGCUGCUCCAUUUAUGAAAUAUUCAAAAGAAGAAGAGAAGAAGAGGAAAGAUGAAGAAGAAAAGAAAGAUGCAUCUCCAGCUUCUUGGAGGUCAGGGCUUCGAAAGACUGGAAGCUAUGGUGCAUUGGCUGAUAUCAGUGCUUCCAAAGAAACACAGAAAGAGAGAGACAUAAUAGGUGUGAUGCGCUCUGCGUCAAGCCCUCGACUCUCAUCCACUGCAGAUAACAAAGAGAAAGAGAAGGAUCAGAAAGGAACGAGGCUUGCUUAUGUCUCUCCAACAAUUCCGUGUAGAAGAUUAGCCAGUGCAUCAGACAUCGAUGAUAGAGAAAUCAGAGAUACUGCAAGUAGCCUUGUGCGCAGUGGUUCUUACACAAGGCGGCGUUGGGAAGAAGACGCAAAGAGGAAAGAAAUGAACCAUACCUCCACCACUGAAGGGCCUACAACACAAAAUGCUGCUGUCACCAACGUAGUGCCUAGUUAUCAAAGAAGUAAUUCGUAUCUGCUAGCAAUAGGCAGAAGUAACAGUGCCAGACAUCUGCCAGCCAACUCUUCCUCAAGCACCAGCUUCGAUCCUACUAAUUCUAAGUCUAGGCAACCAGCAUCAUCUCAGUACUCAUCGUACAGCAUCUUCAGAAGUAGUUCUUUUGGUCGAAGAAAAGAGGAUCAAAUUAGUACUGUUCAAAGUACCAUUUCAACCAGCACCAUAGCAACUGUUACCUCAUCGAACAGCCUGCAGUCGAUUCCCAGGAUAGCUGCCUCCACUUCAUCGGGCAGUACCUCAAAUCGUUUCUCGACGGGGGACAAUACUGAGAAAGACAAAGAAAAUGUUCCUUCAGCGGUUGCUACAACUGGCACUGUCUCCUCAACAACGGAGGUCAGAGAGAGACGCAGGUCGUAUUUAACUCCUGUCCGGGAUGAAGAAUCUGAAUCGCAGAGAAAAGCCAGGUCAAGACAAGCAAGGCAGUCAAGAAGGUCAACACAGGGUGUAACACUAACAGACUUGCAAGAAGCUGAGAAAACAAUUGGAAGGAGUCGUGUUGACCGUCGAACUCGAGAACAAGAGGAGAAGGAGAAGGAGGAGAAAGAAAAGCAAGACCGAGAAAAGCAAGAGGACAAAAAUCAGUCUGAAGCUCAAGAUUAUGAGAAGCAAAAGCUUAACAGAAAUGCUGAAGAGCAUUAUCAACGCGUCAAACCAAGCACCACGUCAUCCACAACUGCCACUGUCUCUGCCCUAAAUAGUUCAUACGUUUCCUCCCAACUAAGUCGACCCAAUAGUCUCAUAGGCAUUACAUCUGCUUAUUCAACUUACUCUCGAAGUUCUGGAGAAGCGGAUAAAGGAACAGAUGAGAGAGAUGGUGAGGAGAAAUUGGAUGAUAAGUCGCAAAAUAAACCAUCAGUAAGAGAGCGACGGCGACCGAGGGAAAAGCGGAGAUCCACAGGGGUUUCUUAUUGGACCCAGGAUAGCGAUGAGAAUGAACAAGAAGAGCAGUCAGAUACAGAAGGAAUAAAUAAGAAGUGCCAGAAUGACAGGCUUUCAAGGUUUGACACUGGAGUUUCUAGUACUGCACAUAACGAGGGCUCUGACCUAUCGUUUAAUCGAACUGGUUCCUAUAAAGAAAGUAAACUAGCACCUCACAGCCGAGUUGAAAAGGAAGAUGCAUUGGAUUAUAAGAAGCUUUACGAACAAUUCCUAGCCGAAAAUGAAAAGCUUAAGGCAACUCUACAUGACACAAACCUCGAACUGGCAGAGUUGAAAGUGCAGUUGGAAAAAACAACACAGAGGCAAGAAAGGAAAGCUGAUCGGUCAUUGCUGGAGAUGGAGAAAAGGGAAAGAAGAGCACUGGAGAGGAAAAUCGCUGAAAUGGAGGAGGAGCUCAAGAUGUUACCGGACUUGAAAGCAGACAACCAGCGACUGAAAGACGAAAAUGGAGCUUUGAUCAGAGUCAUCAGCAAACUUUCCAAGUAAAUGGGAAUCUAAUUGCUGUUGUUACCAUUGUCCAAAAGCUCUGAACUCAUGUUGUCAGCUGGGUGGAUCAAAAGGAGCUGGAGAGCCCAACCCGAAGAAAUUUCUUGUACAAGCCUGUUCAAUGUCUAUAUAUGGAUAUCUAUAUUUAUAUUUACAUAUAAAUGUACGGCCAUUUUAACAGAAACUGCUGAAGAAAUGAAAUGCCUGACACUCUUGUUUACAGAGGAAAGAGGAAGACGUUUGAAAGGCAGAUGCGCCUCCGUAACUAAACCAGAAAGCCUUACUUGUACAUAAAAUGUCGUCAAACUGCUUGUAUUGCAACAGACGGUUUAAAAAAUCCAACAUGAUUUAACUGUGCCACAGAACUGUUGUUUUCCUCCUUUGCACGCUUAAGAGUGUUUAAUAUGUGCUUAACCACCCAUGUGCCAGUUCAAGUUGGGACAGUAUUCGCAGAACCAUCUGUGUUGCAAAUGAUGCAUCCAAGCCCUAUAGCGGCAAGUAACGAUUUGUCCCUCUGUAUUGAUCAGAUAGAUUUGGUGAAACAUUUGCUUUCACUGUUUGUGCAAUAUGCAUUUCUUUAAGAUGCUUUAACAAGUCAGUUGAAGUAGAUAUAUUUUACAAAAAGAUUAUCUUGGCCUUCUUCACAAUUUUUAAGCCUAGCGUAAAUUCUUGGAUAAUUUGUAGCCUUCAUUUUCAUUUUAGCAGGUACUGAGUGUGUGUAUGUGUGCGUGUGUGUAUAUAUACUGUUUUAAGUUUCAGCGCACCAUGUAUGCGUAACGACUACACAAAGCGGAUUACUCCAAGGGGCAUCGUUUUAAUGAAAAUGAGUUUUUUAAGGCUUAAAAAGUGGAUAUUCAUGAAAUGAUUUAUUGGAAAAGUGUGAUGUCCUGAAGGGUAAACGGUACAUUUGAUGUAGGAUUUCAAUCUUCACAGAUGUAAAAACGUGCAUCAAAAAAUCCAUGAGAGAUUUCUCACUCUGUGAUACGCAUACUGUAAGUCACACCAGAGCUAAAAGCUCUUGCCAAAGUAAUAUCACACAAGAAAACAAUUAUUUGUUUGGAGAAGUACAUUAUGGUGUUCACAAACUUUUCAGUUAUGUAUCUGGGAUGGCUGACAGCAAGAGAUACUGAUUGUUGGAAACCCAUCGUGACAAAGUCCAGAAAUCAGAAUGCACUUCCUACUUUUUGGUGGCCUUUUAAAGUGAAUUCUCUGACCAUUCGACCAAUAUUGUACAUCACCCCUCGUUUAUUCUGACUAUAUAUUUAAACAUCUAUGUGAUUUCAUAUGGCACAUUACAUGUCAAAAAAAACCACUGAAGAUUUCAAACUUGCUGAGUGAUUGUACAUUGUAAAACUUGCGGUAACUAUUGUAUUAUCAUUAAAUAUAUUGUAUUAAAUGUGAAUUUAUACCCCUUCAUAAAAACACCAGGAUUCUUGUGUUGCAUUGAUUAUUGUGGUCUGGUACGCUGGGCAUUUUGGUGUAAUGUUGGUGUGGUAUCGGACUCUUACUACCAAUCUCAGGAGCUGGAUUUUAUAAAGGUACAAAGAAAACUAGGCUUUCCCGUUCAAGCAGUAAGAGCCAAGUGUUUGGUUGAGAUUAUUUACCAUUGGUAUGUGAUGUUUUUCUCUGUUGUUUGGCAAAGACAGAGGUUAGUGGCAGCAGAGGAUUUAAAUGCUGGUUCAGCAACAGGUUCUGAGUGUGUGACUGGCUGAUCAAGUGGCACAGUGUGAUCCUAAAUUCAGGCGCAUGUCCAAAAAUAUAAUAGGCAUUUCUGCAAAAUUUCAGUGUUUUAUAUUCAGGUUAUUUAUUCUUUAUAUUGGAAUCCAUGAUUUGACCUGUGUGCUGUGUGAGUUUUAUUUGUAGUUAUUGAGCAGACAGUGCAUAUGCAUGGAGUUGACUGCAAAAGCUACCAACAUUUUUGAAAAAUGUAUUUUCACAUAUACUAAUAAAAAUUAAAAUGUUAACAUAGUGCUAUUUAUUUGAUUGUGAACUGAAUAAUGAGAUGUGUUAGCUUGGCUUUCAAAUUGCUGCGAUAGCAUUCAUGGGUGCUUCACUGAUCUGGAGAGUGAUGUUCAGAUUCAUGUUGCAGAGCAUGGAAUUAAGGUAACUGAGAAAACAAUGUGGUUGUGUUUGUACAAGUCUUUCUAUGGUAACUGUGGGAUCCCCUACCAGCUGUCCCAAAAUGCAACCCUUAGAACUCGAUCCCAUACUGAUCUGUUAGUUUUUUCAGUUGGUCUCUGCUUGAAUUUCCAUGAACUUACCUGCAGAUCAAGGAUCAACUUCAUUUGCCAUAUAUAUUUACAUGCAUAGUGGAUUCCAGGUUAAUUGGGCCAUCAGUUAAUCAGGAUGCUGUUUAUUUGGAACAACUCUUAAACAGACAAAAACUAAAUAGAAUAUAGCCAGGAUUUCCUUUGUUUAUAUGGAACACUAUGCCACUUAUUUGAGACAAGAGACUGUUGCCGAACAGUCUCUAACUAGUGUCAGUUGCGUGUACUUGCAUAGUUGUUAGACAUGACACUGUGUGUAGAGCAGUUUCUAAAUAGCGUCAGUUGCACGUGUUUGUAUUCAAAAAGUAGUCAUUUUUGUCACUGAUAUUUGGUGAUAAAUAAGUGGUAAGACAAUUCAGAACAGUUUUACUCACUGUGGUUUCAAGCAUUCACGCUUGGAGAUGCCAGAAAUAGUUGGGAGUGAAAAUAAAAUUAUUUCAUUACUUCAAGUUAGAAAUUAUGAAGAAUUUGAAGGUAUCGGCAAUUAUCUUGAAUGAAGGGUUGUAUGAAGGCAGUCCAUUUUCUGCAUUAGGUGUCUGUACUGAUUUUGUUCAUUUACAGUCAAUCAAAAGAACAGGGCAUAAAUUCCUCUGACGACGAUAGUUUGGCUUUUUUUCUAUUCCUUUUAA